AAAAUAAAAAUAAAAAACCUUAGCCCUAUAAGACACUUAUUUCUACUUUUUCCCAAGAAAAGAAGAAUUCCACAAAACAAGGCAAAAAAGGGGUUGUGUUCCAAUGGGUAGAGUCCCUUGUUGUGAUAAAGUGGGAGUGAAGAAAGGGCCAUGGACUCCUGAAGAAGAUAUAAUGUUAGUCUCUUAUGUGCAACAACAUGGUCCAGGCAAUUGGAGGGCACUUCCCACUAAAACAGGAUUGCGUAGGUGUAGCAAGAGCUGCAGGCUAAGAUGGACAAACUACCUUAGGCCAGGGAUAAAGAGGGGUAACUUCACAGAUCAAGAAGAAAAAAUGAUUAUACAGCUUCAAGCACUUUUAGGAAACAAAUGGGCUGCAAUAGCUUCGUAUCUACCAGAGAGAACAGAUAACGAUAUAAAAAACUACUGGAAUACUCAUCUAAAGAAAAAGAUGAAAAAGCUUGAUCAAUGUCAUGGAUCAAAUGAUCUAUUUUCUUUAGAAAAUGGGCUUACUCACUUAUCAUCUUCAAAUUCAUCAACUUCUAGGGGACAAUGGGAAAGGACACUUCAAGCUGAUAUUAACAUGGCUAAAAAGGCUUUACAUAAUGCUUUGUCACUUGAAAAUCCAACAAGCUCACACAAUAAUAUUAAACAAGAAAAUACACAAGUUUCUUCUAUUUAUGCAUCAAGUACUGAAAAUAUAGCUAGAUUGCUACAAGGAUGGAUGGGAUCAAGUACUUCUUCCACAAAUAAUUGUGAAAGUUCAAAAUCUUCAUCAAACAACAUUGCAACAACUGAUUCAUCUUCAUGUGAUGGGACUCCAAAUGCUGAAACCAAAGGUGGAAUGGGGUUGAUGGAAGCAUUUGAGUCACUAUUUGGUUUGGAAUCAUUUGAAUCAUCAAGUUCAGAUGAGUUGUCUCAAACAGCAACUCCUGAGGCUAUUAAAAUUGAAAUAAAGAAGGAAGAAAAUGAACAUGAUGUUGAAGUGCCACUAUCUAUUAUCUUAGAGAAUUGGUUGCUUGAUGAAAAUACACUCAAUAUUCAACCAAAAAAUGACUUGACUACCUUGAUAUCUUUUGAUGAAACUCCACAACUUUUCUAGAAUUUUUUUUUUGUUUUUUUUUUUGGGUUGAUUCUUUUGAUGGAAUAAUUUUGAAAAAAUUGUAUGUUUUGAUUGAUUUCCCCAUUGAUUGUUUUAUUUGAUGUGGCGAUUUUAACAAGUCAUGUAUAUUUAGCCAUUAUUAUAUUUUUGACAAUAUAUAGCUCAAUCAAGACUUAAUCUAGAGUGGUUUUAUCAUAUGACUAAGUUGUAUCCUUUUUAAAUUUCAUUUUAUAGAUUUCAAUGAUUGCACUAA